GUCCUAACGAGCCAAGGAAGGAGCCUAGCGCUGAAGGGCAAGACGUAUGCGCCCCGAGCAAAAAGCGUCGGGGCGUGAAUGAGCGGCGCCAAGCCAAGGAAUCUGCUGGGGCUACUGAGAAGAAGCCUGGCAAGAGGAAACGUGUACACCCGGAUGAGGGCGAAGACACGACCUCCGCUGUUCCGCUCAAGGAUGGCAAGAGUGCCGAUGCACAGCCUGGUGCGAAGCCGGCUAAACGUGCUCGAACAACGAAGAGUCAGGGCCAGCAACAGCAAGGCUCCUCCAAGAAACGAAAGCGUGCACAGCAAAUUGAUAGUGACGCCACACAAGCAGAGGCUGGGGACGCGCCGCCGAAUAAGAAACGUGCGCUUUCGUCGGAGCCUGCUGAUACAGAGGUGGUAAAGGAAGGACAUUCGGUGCUCAGCAAUGAGAACAACAAGCGAAAACGGUCGUCUUCAAAUGCCACCCGAGAAGAUCCAUUCCCUAACGACGCCCCACUUCCAUUAGGCGACGUUGUCGGCGAGCUGAAUGAUGUAUUCGCUGCUUUCCCAAAGAAGGCGAAUCCUGUCAUACCGAAGCAGAGAGGCCCGCCAGCAGCUAAGAAGCCGAGGGCGGCAUCGACAGUCGAGCCAAACGACGAAGAUGACGCACCUGGCGAAUCAGACUACGAAUUAGCUCCACCGCCUCCGUUCCCCAGCAACCCAUAUGCUCCGCCAGCUCAGGCGGCUUCCAAUAAGGGAACGGUACUAGAGGCGUUCCAAGUGGCAUCUACAAAUGCAGCCGAAUCACAACCAGCUAGCAAGAGACCACGUAAGACUCCGCUGACGAUCGAAGCCGCGACGCCGAAGCGCGAUGCCAGUUCUUCAUUAGGCAUGUCAGGAUCUGAGCCAAGCUCUGCGCCGCCAAAGUUGAGCGCAUCGAGCGCGAAAAGCACCUUCGAUCCUCUAAAGGCGACCGAACCGAGCGAAAAGACAAUUGCAUGCCCCCUUUUUGAUAGAGGCAAGGGAGGACCAUGUGCAAAGUCUGCAAGCGGAAUAUACAGGGCUCGUAGUAUGCAAGACCAUAUCCGCCGAACGCAUCCAGAGCACUACAUUCACAAGCUGUCAGCCACUGAGGAAAAUGUGCAGCGAAUGUUCAAUUCGCCUGCAAAGUCAGCAGUGGCAGGCCACGCUAGCAGCACUGGCGUUGAACAGCAGGACCAGAUGAGUAGUUCUGCUCCUCAAACACCAGUGCAGAGUCGUCAGCAAGACUGCACGACACCAGUAGCUGGUAGUUCGUCCUCCGGUAAACGGGGUGCGACCCAGAUCAGCGCGCGCAGGGAGCAGGAUCGAAGUCAAAUGAAGCGGGAUGUGGGACCAGUGCAAGGCUCUCGCGAACGACCACAAUAUUCACCACUUACUGCCAAGAACGAGCAGAGAGCUUCGCGUGCAAGUCUCGCACCUCCGCCCCCUUUCCCUCUGAGCAGGAGGAACAGCUUUAAUGUGGAUGCUAUGGUGCCACCUCAACAGUCUCCUCGGACAGGAAACUCAAUGGCAGCACCGAGCCGCGUUCGCACGCCUCUAGAUUCAGCUUUGAACGGCCGCAUGGGCCCGCCGGUCGGUGGAGCGACGCCAACCCGGACGAGCUCCAAUGGUUCAUCAGCGUCACUCCAGAGCCGUAGAACAAGCUUUGUCGCAGGCCCGGCGAUGACAGGGCAAUUUCGAAGUGGCACCGGAGCAGAAGGCAUGUCCUCGAACCAGGUACAAAUGUCUCCAUCGCUGCAAAAAAUUGCAGCUGCAACGUCGAAUGGAGACUGGGCGCCUCCGCCAGCCCCAAUAUCUCAAGGCAGCAGCACCCCAAGGUUGAGUGCGGGCCCGCCCAUUCUGUCGCCCUCACAAUUUGCCGAACGAACCCUCAUGCAGAACCACAUGCAGCAUCAAUAUCACAUGUCACCUCCCAGGAACGAGCAGUAUAUGAGGAGAGACGCCACGCCGCUCGUCAGUCCCCGGGGGCAGCAUAUGGGCUUCCAGCAGCCACAACAGAGUCCUACGCACCUACGCCCACCUUAUAUCCACUUUCCGCCCUAUGCUCCUGGCUUCGGCUUGGCUCAGCAUCCCGACCUUGGAAUGAAGCCAAGAUGGGAUCCCAACAGCGUUGUGAUGUCCAGGAUGACAGGCACGCCAGACGUUGCGAGGCGCGCACAGUAUACGGACCAUCCAAGAGGCUGCCGCUGUGAGCAGUGCGAGCCUGGAUUCGCAUUUAGACCUUAGUGCGGGUUUAUAUCAAAUUGGCAGUAGUUUUGGGGCUGGCGGAAUGGAGAUACUGCCCACUAGGAUGGGCAUAAGCGUCGGCUGGAGGUCGGGUUGAUACCAAGUGGAAACUUGUUGCAUGCUACUGUCGCUGGCGAUGGCGCGAUUGACAAGUCUGAAGAUUAUUGAUGUACACUUAGACGUAGAGUCCAGACGUGCGCAACAAAUUAUCAAUCAAUCAUUCACAGUCUGGGAACUUGAUUUGAUUCAGAACAACUUCA